AAUAAUCAUUAAUCACACAUUUAUUGCUAGGUAUGCCUCAUUAAACUGAAUAUUCACAAAAAAAUAUGAACCAAUAACAAAAUGCGUGAUACUUGUUUAUCGAAUUGUGAAAAGAAUUUCAUACAAAAGAUCGUAUCUCAAGGACAUCGCUUGGACGGUCGAAAUUUUAAUGAAACCCGAAAACUAGAUAUAUCAUUUGGUUCUGAAUAUGGUUGCUGUAUUGUGUCUUUGGGAGAAACGAAGAUCCUAUCAGAAGUCACAUGUGAAGUCGCUCAGCCAAAACAAAUAAGACCAAAUGAAGGCAUCAUAUUUAUUAAUGUUGAACUUAAUCCUAUGGCUGCUCCACAGUUUGAAGCCAAUAGACAAACAGAUCUCACUGUUUAUCUUGUAAGAUUACUAGAAAAAUGUUACAAAGAUUCAAAAUGCAUAGACCUGGAAUCACUCUGCAUUGUAGUAGAAGAAAAGGUUUGGUCUUUAAGAAUUAAUAUUAAAGUUCUAAACCAUGAUGGUAACUUAACUGAAUGUGCAAGUAUAGCUACACUUGCCUCAAUAGCACACUUUAGGAGACCUGACUUUACAAGAGAUGGUGACCGAGUGAUUAUUCACACAUUAACUGAGAAAGACCCAAUACCAACAGUUUUGUAUCAUUAUCCUGUGUGUACAACUUUUGCAUUGUACAGUAAUGAUAUCUUACUCUCCGAUCCUAAUUUCCUGGAAGAAUCAGUGUGUACAAGUAAUACAGAGGAAGGCAUCAACACUGCAGGAGGCCUCCUGGUUUUGGGAAUGAAUCAAUAUAGAGAAUCGCAGAAUCAGUCAAAUCAAGAAAGCGAUCAAAACAAUCAACAAGCGAACGGUAUUCAACAGAGUCAUCAGUCGAUCCAACAACAACAGCAGCAGGAGCAAAAUCAAACUAUUCAACAGCAACAAAGUCAAUUACAACAGCAGUUGCAGCAACAACAGAAUCUCCAGCAAGCUUUGCAACAGCAGAACCAAUCUUUGCAGCAGUCGUUACAACAACAACAACAACAGCAGCAGCAAGAAGAGCAGCAACCGACCCUGCAGCAGAUGCUACAGCAGCAUCAACAGCAGCAGCACCAAGGCUUACAACAAACUUUGCAGCAGACAUUGCAAGUUAGUCAGGCUCAAGCCCAAGCAAUAGCGCAAGCCCAAGCAGCCUUACAGCACCAAGUUGCUCAAUCAAUACAGCAGCAACAACAAACUUUACAAGAACACAUUCAAGCUGUUCAGCAACAACAGAUACAGGCAGCAUUACAGAGGCAAUCUGCCACUCUACAGGAGCUGCAGCAACAGGCACAGCAGCAAGCUUUACAGCAAGCAACAGUAAAUAAGGCCAGGAUGCCCCGUUCAAGGCCAUACAACAAGCCCCGCGGUCGCAUGACAGCUUAUGCAUUCUUUGUGCAGACGUGCCGAGAAGAACACAAGAAGAAAUACCCUGAUGUCAGUGUUAUAUUUGCAGCAUUCUCGAAAAAGUGCGCAGAGAGGUGGAAUACAAUGUCGGAAAAAGAAAAACAGCGGUUCCAUGAGAUGGCUGAACAGGACAAGCAUCGAUUCGACUUGGAGAUGCAGAACUAUGUACCACCAAAGGACAUGAAGGUCAGAGGGCGAAAGAGGCAGCAGAUGAAAGACCCUAAUGCACCAAAGCGCUCGCUAUCAGCAUUCUUUCUGUUUUGCAAUGAUGAACGUUCGAAGGUGAAAGCUGGCAACCCAGAGUACACCAUGGGCGACAUUGCGAAGGAACUCGGCAGACGUUGGGCGGCCGCUGAUCCGGAAACUAAGGCUAAAUAUGACGCGCUAUCUGAAAAAGACAAGGCGCGAUAUGAUAGGGAAAUGACAGCGUACAAGAAAGGUCCGUUAGCUCAGCCGCCGCCACAGCCGCCUGUCGUCCCCGCCAUCGAGGACGAGGGCGGAGACUUCGAUGCAGACGAAGAAUACAAUUGAAAUAAUGUGAUCGCUGUCGAUACAGCCUAAAAUCAGGACAGAGAGAUUUAACUCGAUUUUGAAGAUGAAAGUGCGCGACAGUCUUUCCCCCUUUUUUUCCAGCCAAAUGUAUUACGCGGUUGCUGUAUACAUUACUGAUUUGUUUUGUUCAUUAUUCAGGGGAUGAUUUAUUUUUGUGCUCCGAGUUUGGGGAGCACUGGUUGAUUGAUUUUAAUAGAAAUUGUAAUCUUGUUUUUGUUAGGGGGGGUCGUCGUCGCCAUUCAAGGAAGGGUCGUAAAUUUACGAAGCGUUUUGACGUACGAUCAGGUGUCAGAGAGGCUGGGUCUUUGAACGAAAGAUUGAGGAGUGAAUCUUCUGUUCUGUAGCGUGUUAUAGUUUUUACAAAUUUAAUUCUGAUUCACAGAUUUUACUUAUACUUUCAAAUACUCAAGAUAUUUUUGUACGAUUUUUUGUUUGUCAUCUGAGAAACGAGGUGUCAAAGAGUUUUAUUUACAGCUUAAAAAAAACGCCCAAACACCUGUGUCGUUUUAAAAAAAAAAUCCUCGUAAUUUUAUGUAUUCUUCAACAAAUAAAUGAUUAUCUUUAGUUCUCAGAUGACGAAUGUUGAACAGAUUUUGAAUGGCAAAAAUUUUAACAUGAAAAUGACUUUUAAUUGUUGCAAACUUUUGUAAACGAAACUGACGUUAUUUUAUGAUCUUACGUUGACAAUGAAGAAGCGAACAGUUGAUUUUUUUUAUUUUUCUUGAUACGAACUUCUUCGAGAUACAAGGAAAAAAGUAGACAAUAUGACAAUUGGCAGUUCAAAAAAAUUGUUAUUCUCCCGCCAAAAUAUCGUACCAUGAAAGUAAAAUCAAAAAGUGUCAUGGCGCCCAAUACAUUGUCUUGCGUCUACAUAAGUCAGCGGACACUGAAGGUCGGAAAUGGUGUGGCCCUGUGGUUUAAUAAAAUCGUAAUUCAAGCAAUAUUUUCAGGAACAAAUCGAUACAGACGUUUUCGGUAUCACGUAUAAUGUAAGUCAAAAAGUAUUUCUUAUUAAGUUAGCAUAGACGUAAGGAAGUCGGGAGCGAAUGUAUUGUUGUUGUUUUGUGUCGAUUAUGUAUAGUUAAAUUAUAUUCCUUUAUUAAAUAUGUACUUUUGUUUGAUUUCGAUAUAAUUUAUAAAUCGCGUUUAGUUAUUAAGUUACGAAAUUUUAUAUUUUGUGAAUUGUUUGUUUAGUGAGAGUCUGUCUCGCGCCAUUUCUGUUUGCAUGAUACCAGCGAUGUGUUUUUGUACAUAAAACGACUGCAACCCGUGAUAGUACUUAUUAGUAGCUGCGCUAGGUACUACAAUAUAGGUUAUGUAUAUGAUUUCUUCUGAAAAAUUCAAUUCCAAAUAAAAUUAAUUCGCUCAUUGUUUUUCGUUUACUGUCUGAUUGUUCGUUUGAAAUCCGUUUACGUUUUCAAAGAAUAUAAUUUCAAGUCUUUUGAAAGAAUAAACUAAUAGUCCUCUUCUGAUGAUACGAGUGAUGGUGUUCAAACCAUUUGAUAUGCUAAGUUCUUUUGCAGUGCUUAAUAAUGCACAACUUGAAACACACGUGUCGUCGUCUUUACUCGGCAGAAGACUGUUUAAAUAUUUGUUUCGAACGGACAUUACCGUAAAUAUAAUAUGUAUGUACCAGUUUUUUUUAGAUUAU